GCUGGCGAAGAGGAGGCCACGUGUCCGUCUUGUUCUCUCGUGGUUAAAAUUAUUUAUGACAAGGAAUUAUUUGCUGCAAAGCAGGAAGAACUCGUGAAAGAGGAAGAUAAGGAAUCCAUGAAGCAGAAAGUUUAAAAUCUGGAAUUUUUAUCGAGUAUUCGCUUACCAUGGCAGGUAGGGGUAGAGGGCGAGGUAAACCCUCGAUGUCCAUAAGUACGGAACAGCUUGGUUUCGGCAAGGGUGAGGCGCUCCCUCCACCUGUUUUACAACCUCCUCCAAAAUAUCCUCCACUAGAUUAUAAACCGGUUCCUUUCUCUUUCACCAAUGAGAUGAAUUAUUUGUUGGAGUUGAAAAGAGACUUUGCCGAGUUUAUGAGAGAAUCAUCGAAUAACGUUCUUCCAAUUGUUUUAAAGAAAGACAUUGAACGGUAUUCGGAUCGCUAUCAGGAUAUGAUUACGGAUAAGACAGGGUAUGAAGCCAGGUACGAUUGGUCCAGGAUGCCAUCCGAAUUAAAACCAACAUCUAGAAAACGCAAAAAUCAAGACGUAACGGAUACCGUCGCGACGAAGAAGGAAGUGGACGUUGAGACUAAGUUACAAGAACUUGAGAAAAAAGAGAACAUGCAACCAGGUGAUGCAGACGAAGAUGCAAAGGUCGAAGGAGAAAAUGAAGAUAAGGAUGUGGAUGAAAAUGUUGAAGACGAGGAAGAAGACGCCGACGAAGAAAUGGACGAUGGAACGGAUUAUGUUAACAAUUAUUUUGAUAACGGAGAAGGUUACGAGGAUGAUGAUGACAAUUUGGAUGAUGGACCUGUUUACUAAUAUACCAGUUUUACAGGGAAUAACAUGUGCCGUAUGUUAUUUCAACGUAGCGCAAAUGCACAUUCUUAGCAAGAGAUAUCACCCUCUUGCAUUCGUUUCUUUCGCUUGUUAAAUAUAAAAUUGGACAUCGGAGUCUUUGAGUUCCUACAAUAUUCAUAUGAAGCCAUGUUUAGUUCUAGAGAAAAGUUUCAUCCUACAGUAAAGGAAAAAUUGCUAGAAUCAAUGCACACAAUUUUUUUAUGAUGCUCGGUAAUUGAUGCAAUUGUCUAGAAUCUCAGAAGAAUACGACCGAACAUAAAUGCUAAAACGUCUAUAAAUCCGGAUUUCCCUAUAACUCGUUAAUUGUGCCGAUUAAGUAGUUUUAUAAAUUAUUCUUCGACCGCAACCUGGGUCUCGGUUCUGUUCUCGAAGAGACUCUCGGAUAGUUGCAAAUAAGUACUCCAAGAACGUUCAGAGCUUCUCGCGAGAAUAUGUAGAAACUCGAAUAGAAUAAGUUUGAAAAAACACCGUAAAAAUAUGGAUCAUAAUCAAGAGGCGAGAGUUUCAAAUCGCGUCAACGAAGAAAGCUUGAUAGAAUAUAUGAGAUUGUUGAGAUAUAAUAA